UAUUUUCCCAAUGGCUUCCCAAACGUCCUUAGCGGACCUCACGGCGGACUGCUUCGCGCACUGCUGCCGAUGGCUCUCCCCGCGCGACCUCGUCAACCUCUCCUGCUGCUGCUCGUCGCUUCGCCAGCUGGCCAACAGCGAUGCAGCGUGGGCAUGCCACGUGGCACAUCAAGGAGGGCUACCCCGUCAGGCUGCUUCACUCCCGGGCCUCCACCAGGCAUUCAUAGAGCGCCACGUGGCAGCACAGAAGCUGCAGUUCGCUGACCCUGCCUCGUGUGCAUGGCCCCUAUCUGGGGGCGCAGGGGGAGCAGCAGCAGCCAAUCAGGGGGGGGAGGGUUUAUCCGCCAUCCCAGCUUCGACUGCCGUCCCCAACCCUGCUGCUGCGAGAUCUGGAGAAGGGGUUUGGGGUUCAGGGCUUUUCAUGGAUGGGGGGGAGGGGGAGGAGGAGGAGGAGGAGGAGGAGGAGGAGGAGGAGGAGGAGGAGGAGGAGGAGGAGGAGGAGGAGGAGGAGGAGGAGGAGGAGGAGGAGGAGGAGGAGGAAGGGAGUGCAGUGUGGCACCAUGUGGUGGCAGUGCAGGGCUCCAACAUUCUCCUUUGGACGGCUCCACGGUGCAAGGCGGCAUUCAGGGGAACACAGCUACACACCCGCCGACCAGCGGUGCUGCUGACUAGGCCAAGGCUCGGCCAGCCUCAGCUAUCAGCGGUUCUCACGGCCCACAAGGGCCGCAUCACAGCCGUGCUCCCAGUGGACCUCUCCCCCUUCCCUGCCGCUGCCCGCCUCUCCCCGCCGCUCCCCUCACACACGUUUCUCCUCUCCGCCAGUUUGGACCGCACGCUGCGCCUCUGGGGCACGGAUAGCUGCCUGCGCACGUUCUCAGGUCACUUGGGCCCCAUUCUCUGCCUGGCAGAUCGGAUCAUCGGCACUUCACACUCUGGCACCUCACGCCCUGCCAUGGGGAGCAGUGAUGCCUCUGGCUCUACUCCCUCCUACUCCUUUCUCCCCUGCAUUGCCAGCGGCAGCAGCGACAGCACUGUUCGAGUCUGGUCCCUCCUCCCUUCAGGGAAAGGUCGGUCAGCGUGCGUUGCCACACUGAAAGGCCAUGAGGGGCCGAUAACUGCCCUGGCUGUUGCAAUUCACAAUCCCUUCCUUCUGACCAGUGUGGCUCGAGAUGCGAAGCUGCGUCUGUGGGAUUGCCGCAACAUUGUGCCUUCGACCGUCAACCCUCCCACCACCUCCUCCUCCUCUUCCUCUCCUUGCAUCGGCACGUGUCGCACGCCUACCUCCCCCUUCGCCCUCCUCCCUCUCCCGCCUCAUGCCAGCCGUGCUCUCUGUCUGGUGGCGGGUAGAGGCGGCAUAGCCAUGAUCGACCUGCUCCCAAUGAAACAGGUGCACUCCCUCCCCUGCGGAUCCUCCCCCCUCGCUUCCUUCUCCUCCUCCCCAUCUCGCCACAUCAUCGCAGCAGGCUUCGAGGAUGGCUAUGUGCGAAUGUGGCGCGUGGGGCCUUUGCAGGAGGGAGUAGAAGCAGGGGGGCCACACGCUGCAUUGACUGUUGGGUCAGCAAGGCAACUGUCGGCAUGCAUAGCUGGCUUCAAGCUGCUUGCCUGCUCAAAAGCGCAUAACGGUACAGUGGAUUUACUGUACUUGGACGGCUAUAAAUGCAUUAGUGGCAGCCGGGGAGACGGGUUCCUGAGUCUGUGGGAUGCAGAGACCGGGGAGGAGAUUCGCACAUUGGAUGCUACUGCUCCGCCCCCUUGGCUCGUGGAAGCAGAGGAUGAAAGUGAUCAAGGUGAUGGUGAUGGUGAUGGUGGUGGUGGUGGUGGUGGUGGUGGUGGUGGUGGUGGUGGUGGUGGUGGUGGUGGUGGUGGUGGUGGUGGUGGUGGUGGUGGUGGUGGUGGUGGUGGUGGUGGUGGUGGUGGUGGUGGUGGUGGUGGUGGUGGUGGUGGUGGUGGUGGUGGUGGUGGUGGUGGUGGUGGUGGUGGUGGUGGUGGUGGUGGUGGUGGUGGUGGUGGUGGUGGUGGUGGUGAUGGUGGUGAUGGUGGUGGUGGUGGUAACUGCAGAGAUGGUGGUAACCAUGGGGGUGUUGGUAGCUACCGGGAUGCUGAUGUUGUCCAUGUUGGGGAAGCUGCUACAGCAGAUGCUGCCACCGCUGGCGCUAGUCACGGCCCUACUUUGAACGAGACUGUUAGGCGAGUUUUAGUGGAGAGUAUGCAUGCGUGUAGUGGUUUGGUGGUUGCCACGUUGGUCAGCUAUCGCAGGAGGGUUGUGCUUGGGAGGAGGAUGCAGCAACAAGUGGUGGAGGUUGAAGGCAGAUGGGUCCGGUUGUGGGAUUUUAGUAGUGGCAGGGCUGGCUUGGAAUCAGAUUAUGGUAUCAAGGAAGAGGGGGGAAAUCUUCCAAUAGGUGGUGGAAAAUUCUGGUAGUAAGCUUUUCAAUGUAUUAUGCUUUGUUGUAAGGUUUCCCUUGUAAGGCCAA